CCGGCAUCUUGCACAUAUAAAGAGACACCUCUCGUCCACAAAGCACAGGCCACAGCUUUUCGACGCAGCAUCUACUUGUCGGGCAUGGCCUACGUUCGCUUCAGUAAAGAAGAUCACUCAACGUUGUAGACGCAUCGUCCGCGCGUCAUGCCUGGUGUCAACUAUGUCUCCUCGUCUCUGAACCGCACCCGAAGGAAAAACAAGACCCCUGCCGAAGACUCUUACCCUCGCUUACCACCCGGCUACCUCUCCUUGAAGCCCCGGGGGAUGUUCGCCUACCUGAACCCUAACCCGAAUCACGACUCUAUGGAUCAUUCUGAUGACCUGACGAGGUGUGCUGCAGGAAGUCAGGUUAGAUCAGAGUGUGUGGAAGCUGAGGAUAAGAAUCAAGAAGGCGGAAAGAAGGGCAGACUGCAUGAAAGGGAGCUUCUUCAGCACGACGCACAGACCGUCUCCAAAGCCCAAAGGCAGCCAGCUUCGAAACUCGACUUUGGAUUCUCUUGGUCUAAGCACGCUCUCUCUUCCACGACAUCUCGCGGAUCCCUGAGUGAGCCUUAUGACGUCCACCUUGUCUCGAAAGGCUCUCACGCCGAGCACGUUCGAGGAGGAGGAGGGGGUUUCAAUAAGAGAACAAAGGCGGGCGAUAAUGGCAACAAAGAACCAUGGUUCCUGAAGUGGAAAGCAGGAGAGCAGCAGGGACAGCAUCGAAAAGAAAGUCUCGUAAGGCUACUCUCACCAGCUCGUUGAUCGGCUUAUGAUGGAGAUGCAAGUGAGCCAAGAAGACAUACGGAGUCGCAUCGGGCAACUCCCGGAUCAUCAACGGCGCCCUGAUCCUCG